AUGCGCAUCAGUGAAUUCUGGGAUAAUUUUCAGCAUGGCGGAUGAGGAAGAAAAAAAAUAUCGUCUUAUGUAUUUUUACCUGGAAUGCACGAUAGCACGACAUCGAAAAGACAAUUCUUUAAUAGCUUUGUGAGCUUUGGUUUGUCUUCACGUGUUUGGAUAUAAAUGCAGAUUUUCAUGAUAACGGUAUUCAAAAUAUAUUGCGAAAAGAAAACGUAAGCAACGUAAACAAAUUCGGAUCAUGGCCACGCAGACAAAACUGAGCGCACAGGAGCGAAAGGACUUGGAUCGUUUCACAAAGUUUUUCGUUUAUAAGGCUGUACAAAUAAUAGUUCAGUCCAGGCUUGGGGAAAAAGUGCGAACUUCAUCAAAACCAGCUUCAACGGGAGCAGAUUGGUUUAAUCUGGCCAUAAGGGACAUCCAGGAGGUGCAAAAUGAGACCAAGAAGGUUGUAUCAGGCCAGCAGCUGACAGUAGGAAGUCACAUAUGUGUAGAAGUAUCCUUAAAGACAGCAGAAGGUGACAGCAUGAUACUAGAGACAUGGCACAUAGGGAUGACCGAACAAACAGAUCCUAAUGUCAAGGUGUCCUAUUCUGUGUACAACCGUAUGGGCAUCCUGCUCAAAUCCCUGUUCUGUGUCACACGGGUCACACCAGCCUAUAGGCUGUCAAGGCGGCAGGGGCCUGACAACUACGUGAUAUGUUAUCGAGUUUACCAGGGGGAGCCUCAGGUCUAUGCCUUGGGAGACGGGUAUCAGAAAAUGAAAGUUGGAAGUGUAGGGACUCCGACAGGGACAAUUGCACUGGGUGGGGCCUACAGGGUAAAGAUGCUGAUUUCACCCCACUCCAGCUGUAAGGACUUGGCCACAGAGCUGAAAGAUGAUCACUUCAAGUCUGACACAAGCCCAAAGAGGGUUGCUACACCCAAACCUUGCUAUCAAGGAUAUAAGUCACACAGGUCAUCAACAGAAGACAUUGCUCCCAGCACAUCAGACUCUCAAGAACUAUGUGCCACUACCUUCUCCACUAGUCCUGCAGAUCCUCUGUACUCCCCCUCAGCCCAGCAGGACCUCAACUCGCCUCCCAGGUCACACCCCAUCAAAAUACAGAAGAAGCUCUCAUUUGAAAACAAGAAUGAGGUGUUCAAGCCACAGAGUGCUCCAGAGAAGAUCAUCUCUCUAACCCAGGACCACAAACUGGGGGCUUUUGCUCCAUCAAAACCACCGGAACAGAAAUCUGUGGAUGAUCUACCUUUUGUCACCCUUCUUCUCCACAACGAAGGUGACAGCACCGACAACGACAACACAGCCUCCAGUACCAGUAACAAGGACAACUCUGAUAUGACUGACAAUGUGAUGGGAUCCACUGGCAGUGGGACCUCAAAUAAAAGCAUCAGCAGUGGGGCAUCCUGCUCUGAAGACUUUGUGUUGGUGGAACUGAAAACUCCAUUUGCUGCUGCCGAUUCAAACACAGACCUAGGGAAGUUUGUGCGUGACUGUCAAGCACCGCCAUUGUUGUCAAUGUUUGAAGAACAGCCAACAGUUGAGGAAACUCUGGAUCAAAUCACACAGCAGCUGGCCAUGUUUGAGUCCACCAUGCCAGAAUUUGAUGACUUUGUCAACUCAUUACAGACAACAGAGGCAUAAAUGUGCACUGAAGUUGUCAUACUCUACAAGGCACUGGUUGGGAUGUACUUGGGAAAUAAAAAACAAUCUACUCUGACAAACAAAGUGGCUUCUUAACUGUAAGUCUGCCUUGCCAGAAUUUGGCAGUUUUAUUUUGCUGUUUUCAACUAGCUUCCUUUAAAUGAACAUCAGUGACUUUCAGAGAUGUAUCUCAAAUCUGCCAAAUGUUACAAAAUCAUGAUAUAAGACAAGUUGUUGAUGACUUAUUAUUAUUGAAGUGGAAUCAAUACCAUGCAUGGAAACAGAUUUUUCACAUUGUAUAUAAAUAUAUAUAUAUGUCACACUAUACAGAUUACGUGUAUGUAUGCUUGCUCAUGUAAAAUGGUAAAGGUAUUUGAUACACUGCCGACACAUUGUUUGAUAUAUGUUUGAGACAUUUUUGUGAAUAUCUCGAGUAGGUCAAUGUAACAUGUUGAUGAAUGUGUGGAAAGUACUAGACAUGUUUUUAGGCAGCAGCAGGAGGUAAUUCCAGAGGGCACUAUUAGUGAAGUCUCUCUUUUUAAUUUAAAGUUUUUAUUUUAAUGUUGCAUGAAUAGUAUGUAUGUUUGUGAUUACAAAUGUGCCCUUGUGGCAGCAACUAUAGAGUCAUUGCUCAGGUUUGUAUUUGAGAUCAGUUUUUGAAGUAAGCUCAUAUCUAAAUGCUGUCGAGUAUGCACACAAGAAAGAAAAUAAGGAAUCAAAGUAGAAUGCAAAGGAUGUACAGAGAAUCACUGGGAAGUUAAGAUAUGAAGGGAUUCUGUAAAAAAAUGUGAAACUUUUUUUAUCAUUUUUUAAAAUUGUUUAUUACUCCAGUUGAGACAACACACAGUCUCAAAUUACUAUUUUAAAAUCCAGAUUUAUUCCCUUCAAAUCCUGUUUUUCUUUUAGUUUUUUAUACUUAGUCACUGCCCCAAUACUUAAUUAUGCUCAUUCUUCUGGCUGUGGGAGACAUGAUGCUUUAAUUUGUCCUCUCUCUCAGUGGUAGUGUUUCUCUUUUUAUUUAAUUUUUUCUGUGAUUUAGCAGUUUUACUCCAUUUUAAGUUAUCCCCUUCAUUAUGCCAACAGUAGGUAUUGUACUCACAAAGUGUGCAUUAUAUGAAGGUUACUUAUUGUAACAGUAAUGUGUUGGUAUCAGUUGUUGUACAUAAAAGUAAUAUGUGUCAUUUUGUAAAAAAAAAUACAAUCCAAGCAGAACGGUUAUAACUGUAAUUGUUGAUGGAUUUUAUCAUGUGCCAAGAACCCCAGCCUUAAGAUGAAAGAGAUGCAACCAGACAAAGAUGUCAAUGUCUGACUAUGUUCAUGAUAAGUGAAAGAAGGGAACUUUCAGAUUAGAUAAGGAUUUUUGUUUGAUUUGUUCAUCCUGAUUUGGUAUCUGUAAAAUGGACAAGAAGCUGUAUGUAAAGAGCUACUGUGAUACUCUCAUUAUGAACACAAUAUUUUUAAUAUUGUAUAAGAUUUCCACAGAUGUUAUUGUAUGGAUUUUUGAAUCAAACAAAGCCAAAUUAUGUCUGCCUUGGGAGGACUAUGCUAAAUCAGGUGUUUUGUGGAGCAAAAUUUGAAGACUGCUUUAAUCUCAUAGUUAAGCUGAUGAGGCAAGUGAUUGCAACAUUGUUAAGUGUGAUGUACUAGGUACCAAACCGGGUCCCAUGUCAUUUAACUUAUAACUAAUACACAUUGUCAACAAACCAUUUAUGGAUGAUGUAAUGAUAUCCAACUUCUUUGCAACUUUUAAUGAAAAAAUUGUAUUUGAAUGAAUGUGUCAAUGAAAGAAGAAAUGUUAGUAACUUUUAUGGAUGUGAAAAGGUCUCAACCCAAAGGCUUGGGGGUUGUAUACUGCAAACCAUGCAUGUUACAUGUGUGCAUGUAAAUAUGUACAGUGCUGCUAUUGUUCUUGAGUAAAUAAAUGUCAAGAAGUAAA